AUGAGCAAAGUCCAGGGCGGCAUGAAAUGUGUCAAAUAUCUGCUGUUCGUCUUCAACUUCAUAUUCUGGCCCGCCCUCCUCUACUCACUCAAGCCGGCCUCCGCAUACUCGCGUCUGGGGUGCCUGAAUUGUUGCUAUGCGCUGUACAUCCUGAUCGGAGCAGGAGGUGUCAUGAUGCUGGUGGGGUUCUUCGGCUGCUUUGGGGCCGUGAGGGAGUCACAGUGUCUUCUGGGAUCGUUCUUCGCUUGCCUUCUUGUAAUUUUUGGUGCAGAGGUCGCUGCUGGAGUCUUUGGCUUUCUGAAUAAGGAUAAGAUCAUUCAGGAUGUCCAAAAAUAUUACCAGUCUGCUAUGGAAAAUGGCAACGGAACCGCUAUUACUUCCAUGUAUCACAAAAUGUUUGAAUGUUGCGGGACUGAGUCCUCUCACCCUCCUGAUCUGUGCACUGAUGACAGUCCUGACACGAUAAUUGGCAUGAUCUUCAGCAUGGUUCUAUGCUGCGCCAUUCGGAACAGCAGAGAAAUAAUUUAGGUUCCUCGCGCUCCCCCCUCUCACCCAGUUGGACUGUUUCAAAGGCCACUGUCUUUGACCUCAUCAGACCAUCACAUUCAGGCUCGGGAAGCGGGUGGAGGAGCUCCCGUGAGGCAGUGUGGGUCUUGUGGUACUGUUUUGUGAUCAGCGUUCUAUCUCUGAUGGUUUCUGUCUUUUCUGCUCCUUGCAUUGUUUGACUGCUACUGUAACCGCAUUAACCUUUACAUUUAUUUUGUCUUCAAUGAUUUAUUACCAAAUCAUCACAAGGGGAAUCUUCAGUGUACAUCUCGCUUUUUUCAAACUUGGUCUCACUUAAUAGAUAGUUCUUGAGUUACCAGUUAAGAAUGAAUGAACCGGACAUUUACUUGCUGGUGUAAAUAAGCUCUCUGAUGCCUCACUGAUCAACUACUUUACAUGUUAUUGUGUGAACUAGACCAGGGGCCUCAUUUAUAAAGCGUGCGUACACUCCGAUUUGAUUUUAGAAUGUGCGUACGCUUAAAUCCACGCCAUAUUUGUAAAAACUGUCUUUGAUGUAGAAAAGUGCUUAGCGUCACGUCAGGGUCUGAGCAGACGUACACUUUUUCAUGUUCGAGUACUGCAGGUUUUUGGAAAUGUAAGCUGUUCUUGCAGUUCGCUGUUCUAAAUUAAAGAAUUUGGAUGAUGACUGGUGAUCUUUUACAUGUUAAUGACAUUAAUUAGGAGUCGUUUACAAGCAGAGCUGAAACCAUUCAUUUGCCCGCAAGUUCAAGAGCAUUAGCGAUUCAUAGAUUUCACAUCUGAGACGCGUGCGUGCGUUUUCUGUACGUACGUUCAUUUUAUGAAUCACACGUAUGCAUAUUUGAGAGAUGAUCGUAAGAUGGUUUCUGUGCAACAUUUUAUAAAUGAGGCCCCAGGUUUUCUGUGCUAAUAGAUAAUGGGUCAUGUUUAUUUUGCUGUUAAUGUUUGGUUAUUGUAAUUUUGCUACAUCAUAAAGAAACUGAAUGAAGCCGAGAAGUGGAUUGAGUCAAAGUCAACAUGAACUCAAAAUCAAACCCAUUUACUUCUUGCAUCGUUCCUAGUUUUAUUGUGAAAGGUUCAUUAUUGCAUGAUUUUCUGCUUUUCAACUUGGUCUUUUUUUUACUUUUUGCUCUCACAGCUAUUGAAUGGGCUAUUGGUUAAUGUUAACCAGAAAACAAAUACUCUCGCAGGCCACCUUUUGAAAAUCUUGCCAGUAGUAAUUUUAUGUUGGUUAAUGGUAAUGUAAUAAUGAUUAUAGCAAUAAUAGAGAAGAAAAACUGUUACUGUUGAGAGGAAACUCAACUUUCAUCCUCCACGUUCCAGACAAUAAACACCUCAAAAUUGUUUGAUUCAUGUUGACUUUGAGUCAGUGUCAAUGGUUUAAUCUUUUUUUUUUUUUAAACCGGUUAAUACAUUACUUUUCUUUCUUGGCUGAUUUUAAAUCUGUGAAGAGCGCAAACCAGUUUUUAGGGAGAUCAAGCGUAAUUUUCAAUACUGCUGUACAAUUGCAAAAACCCAGCCCAACCAAAAACAUGGCUAAAGUAAAUAAACCACUUCUGCUUUUUUCUCUUUCUCUGCAGGUCUGUUCAGUAAUGUGACCCACUAGUUUUAUUGAUCUAUGUGCCUUUAUAACUGACAAAGCCCCAUUAUAAACAUGUUUGCAAUUACAAUAAUAUGCACAUUUUUGUAAUGACCCUUAAUGUCAAGUUUUUUUUUUUUUUAACUCUCUCGUUGCAUAUAAAUGGCUUUGAAAUAAAAUAUGGUCACAGGUUAUGAAAGCCUGAGCAACUUUAAAACAGAGCUCACACAAGUAAACUUGAUUUUUUUUUAUUCAUUUUUGUAAUGUUGAAUUAGACCAUUACAUUAAACAGAAAUUAAUCCUGGUUGCAUUGAGGUGUCAUUGUAGGAAGAUGUUAAUACUGUCAUCAAACAUCACAGCACUUAUACAGCCUUUUGCUCAAGGCUAGGUCCCUCAAACUUUGUGAAGAGCUUGUCUUAAUUUAAGGCAAACACAUGACCUAAAAAAUAAUGACCUAUGCUUUGGGAUUAGAAAUCCCUAGAAGCUAGUCGUAAAAAUAACAGAAUAACGGAAAAAUAAAUGCACAUCAUCAAAGUGACAAAAUAUUGCAUAAAUACAAUAUGCAUUAUGUUAGGCUGUUUUAGGUUGUCAUUGCAUACUGCAUUUUAGACAGCACCUUGUGUACCUUCCCCAAAAUCAGCUCAAAGACUGAAAUGGAGCACAAUGUGCAUCUGAUGAAACGAAACAGAAUGAAAGUCAAUGACAUUCCCUAAAACUGUUAACAAUUUAGAGUUACAAGGUCUGAAAGCUUCAAAAGCAUUAAGUAACCCAAUUGUUUAGAGACUGAAAACAGUGGCAAGAACA